AGCUGGGUGCGCGCAGCCCGGCGGCGGCCGCUCUCGCUCGGGCUGGCGCCGGAAGCGGCGAGCCUAGGAGCCGUCGGUGAGCAUGGCGCAGAGAGUCUUGUACCCCCUGUACCAGCGAGGGAACCCCCAGCUGCGGGUCUUCCGCACCAACUUCUUCGUGCAGCUGGUGAGGCCCGGGCAGGAGCAGCCCGAGGACACCGUCCAGUUCCGCAUCCCCAUGACGAUGACCCGGAUCGACCUGAGGAAUUAUCUCCAGAGCAUCUACAAGGUGCCCGUGGCCACGGUGAGGACCAGGAUUCAGUUUGGCUCCAACAAGAAGAAGGAUCACAAGAACAGACGGGUGAAGCAGCCGGACUACAAGGUGGCCUACGUCCAGCUGGCUCACGGGCAGACCUUCACGUUCCCAGACCUGUUUCCCAAGAAGGAAUCCUCCCCGGAGCCCGGCUCCUUCGCAGAGAUCCAGAACCGGCUGACGGACGAGGAGAGGCGGAAGCAGAAGGCCGACCCCCGGUGGGGCGGGGUCCCCCGCUGGUUGACGCUCUGAGACCGGGACCCUCCUCCCCUCUGCCCGCCCUGACCGUGGGGUCCCGGCCUCGCCUUCCGAACCACGGAGGGUGGGGGGCUUGCGUCGACCGGGUUCGUGUCGCCCAUUAAAAACGUUUCCGGAAAAGAC